UAUUUCAUAGCCACUAGCAGUUUUGCGAUGUAUAAAGUUGUAUAAACUUCUUUAUUUUAUACUGUCUUUAAAAGUCACUGGUUGAUGAUUUAUCCGAUUGAAACAGUACUUGAACUUCAGGAUUCCGAACUAUCAGUAUUCGAAACGACGAUACGUUUUGUGGGAGGUCUGCUGUCUUGCUACGCUCUGACCGGUGACACCAUCUUCAGAGACAAAGCCGCCGAGGUCGCCGACACCCUGCUACCUGUCUUCGAAACUCCCACUGGACUUCCAUACGCCUUAAUCAAUCCAUCCACUAAUGUAAGAAGAGUAUUUUUUAUAAUUUCGCACUACUAGAGAUCAUAAGAUAUUAGGCCAUGCACUAUCCAGACUCCAAAAUGAACCUUAGAUUUGUCCUUAUACCAAAUAGGUUUAGAAAAUGGUUUAGAUUUGCCCCACGAGAGACGAUAACCAUUUAUAAUCAAGUAAAUCCAUAUACUGUAGACUGCACUGACUGCAAAAGGUCUAAUGUACUACAAAACUAACUCAACAUUACGUAUUUCGUAUUCAUUUCCAAAAUGACAAACUAACUAACUAAACCAGUUCCCAAAAUUUAAACUAAACCAGUUUUUUUUUUAUCUUAUAUCAUUUUUUCUAUAUUAUCUAAAUAGAUUAUUUAUUUAUUUUUUAAAAUUAAAUUAUUAAUAUAUUUUUUUCUUUUAUUAUCUAUUUAGAUAAUUAAAAAAAAAAUGACUGGUCUAGUUCAUUAAUAAGAUGAAUAGUUGUUAAAUAUGGUAAUAUUUCGUAUUAAAAACUAAAUUGGGUUGUAACAUCUACUAUGCUUAUACCAAUAAAAUAAUUUAUUUGCUCAGUACGUUUUAAAUGUAACAUAAGUUGCUUUAAUGUAGGUAUUACAAAUACUGUACUGUCUGUAAUUGUAUAGCUAAUACUGAAAUAACUUCCAUAUAAUUAUAAUAAUAAUAAACCAGUCUUGUGGGCAAAGCACUGACCAAAAUCUUCUUCAUUGGUUACAUUUUUACGUUUUUUUUAUAUACAAGGUAACAUUCUAGUGCAUUCUCUUCUUCUUUUUCUCCAUCUUAUCCCAUUCUCUUCUAUCAGCCGUCAUCUUAACACUCACUCCUCUCUCUCUCUCUCAUAUCGUCAUUCACAUACUCCAUCCAUGUCUUCUUCGGUCGACCUCUUCUCCCUCUACCUUGCACUACCAUUUCCAUACAUCUCCUAGCUUUCAUCCUAACUUCCUAACCUCCAUUCUAACUUACAUAAAUAAUGAAUAACAGAUUAAUUAAUCAAUUCACAAGUCGACUACUUUGAACUUUAACACUCUUAACAGCAGAGGCACAAAGGCAUUCGGCCUUAUUCUCGGAGUACAGAACUCUAGAUUAUUCUUUUAGGACGAAUUAUUUAGAAAAAUAUUAAAGGGGCCUCGACGUCAAACUGCUUUUUUUUUCGCUAAGUCCGGUAAUGAAAGCGAAAAGGAGAAAAAAAGGGUUAAUCGAUACGAGUGCCUCAUAUCUACGUAGAAAUGUCAAUGUCGCAUUUGAUUGGCGAUAACGCGGUCUCUCGGAGAUAAUGUGGUAUUAUUAUUACCGAGUCCUACGCGAAAAAAAAAUAAAAAAAUAAAUUACGUUACGUCCAUUUCAUGCUGCUGCAAAAGCCGCAACGCACCAUCGCGGUCAGGGUCAUUCGUGGUUAUCGCACCAUCUCCUUCGAGGCGGCGUGUGUACUGGCUGGGACGCCGCCUUGGGUUCUGGAAGCGGAGGCGCUCGCCGCUGACUAUCAGUGGCGGGCUGACCUUCGUGCCCGGGGCGUGGCGCGUCCCAGCCCCAGUGUGGUCAGAGCGCGGAGGGCCCAAUCUCGGCGGUCCGUGCUGGAAUCAUGGUCCAGGCGGCUGGCCGAUCCUUCGGCUGGUCGUAGGACCGUCGAGGCGAUUCGCCCAGUCCUUGUGGAUUGGGUGAAUCGUGACAGAGGACGCCUCACUUUCCGGCUCACGCAGGUUCUCACUGGGCAUGGUUGCUUCGGUGAGUUCCUGCACCGGAUCAGAGCCGAGCCGACGGCAGAGUGCCACCAUUGUGAUUGCGACUUGGACACGGCAGAGCAUACGCUCGUCGCCUGCCCCGCAUGGGAGGGGUGGCGCCGUGUCCUCGUCGCAAAAAUAGGAAACGACUUGUCGUUGCCGAGUGUUGUGGCAUCAAUGCUCGGCGACGACGAGUCGUGGAAGGCGAUGCUCGACUUCUGCGAGUGCACCAUCUCGCAGAAGGAGGCGGCGGGGCGCGUUAGAGACGCGCAAGCCCGCCGCCGUCGAGCGGGGGCCAGGGAGGCGGAUCUCGCCCAAGCCCUCUAAGUGUUUCGGGUCCCCCUCAUAUGUCGGUCUGGGGACCGCCGAGGAGGACCUAAGAAGGCGUCGUGCAAGCUGCUCUGCACGCGUUUUACGCAAGAGCAUCCGGGUGAUGGAAGGCCGGCUAUCCUCGACCCACGCUGGUUCUGACCCAGCGGGGUAUUCCGCAGGAUAGCUCACUCUAACCGGCGCCAUCUAGGCGGGCUCCGGAUAGCCUGCCGACCGAGAGGGCUGGUGGUCGUGGCGCCGACGACCGCCAGUCCGGCGUCCCGAGGGGGAGGGUGAUGGGAGAGAUGUGCUCCGCACUAAACACUUCACUUUCCCCCCUUUGCCUUUUCAUGAGUUCUGUCUCAUGUGAGGUUUGGACGUUGGUUGUUGAGCGACAGGAGGUUUUAGUCGGUUCGACUCCGACAUGCUCCGCCCGCCGUCCCCAGUGGAGGGCGGAAGUCCGGCGAUUUCCUCCUUACCAA